UUCAUAGCUUCCUUUUUGCAUUAUACCUGAAAGCUAGAACAAUAAACAGAAAAGUGCUAUGAUGGAUUUGACAUAGUGAUUUUGCAGUCACUGAAGACUGAUUGCGCAUCUGGAUUUGGCCGAGGCGACUAGCAUUAGCUCGUAUCUAGGUAUCUGGCUGCGUUAGCUCCAGGCAACGGAGCUGCUGCUAGCUUGUCAUUUUUAGCCAUUGUUGUUAGCUGGGACCUGAAGCGAACGGAGCCAUCCUAUCCGAAAAUGUAAACAUAAUAUGGCCUCGAAGAGACGGGAACUGGCCGGGCCAGCCAUGGCAUUACCCCUCCCAGCUUCUGUCCUCCUGGUUCUGCUGUUGCUUGAGCCACUGGUGUGUUAUGCAGGUGACUGUAAGGGCCACAGGCAAGUACUUAGGGGCCCACCUGGCUAUGUCACAGAUGGACCAGGAAACUACUCUGUCAAUGGGAAUUGCGAGUGGUUAAUUAGAGCUCCCAGUAACAGUCACAGGAUAGUCCUAAAUUUCACCUUUAUGGACACAGAAUGUACCUAUGACUACCUGUUUGUUUAUGAUGGAGACUCUUACCAAAGCCCACUUCUUGCUAGUCUCAGCGGCAACACUCUGCCACAACCUAUUGAAGCAAAAUCUGGCAAGAUGCUGCUUCAUCUCUUUAGUGACGCCAACUACAAUCUAUUAGGUUUCAAUGCAACAUACACUUUCUCUCAAUGCCCUGGAGCUUGUGGUGGUCACGGCCGCUGUGACAGUUCAACAUCAAAAUGCCACUGUCAUCAGGGCUGGGGUGGAGCAUCUUGUACAACACCCCUAUGCCCUGCGGCUUGCUCCAUUCAUGGUCAAUGUGACAAGAAAGGAGAGCGAUGUCUGUGUGAGUCAGGCUUUAUCGGCCACAGCUGCCAGCUUGGUCUUCAAGACGAUAAUGGAGCAGGGCAAUGGUGGCGUGUGAGUGAGGGCAACCCUUACACCCCUCCUAGAACUGGUUCUGCUGGGGUCUACCUGUCCUUAACUGGAUCCAUGUACUUGUUUGGUGGCUUUGACCUUAACAGGGCCCUUGGUGACUUAAUCAAAUAUAACAUCACAUCUAACCAGUGGGACAGUAGGUCUUAUGGUCACUCCCCUGUUGCUCGGCACUCCCAUACAGCUGUAGAAUGGUCCGGUAAUAUGGUUAUCUUUGGAGGCGAAUUGGCCAAUGGCUCCUUGGCCAGUGAUGUCUGGAUGUACCGCCCACUUCAAGAUGACUGGCAGCAGCUCGGAUUUUCCUUUUCACAAGGUGCUCCUAAACUGGCCAACCACGCGGCAGCUGUAGUGGACAGCUAUCUCUAUGUUUUUGGAGGUCGCACUGAAGAGGAUAUGUUUUCUUCCUCUUUAUUUCGCUUUGGCCUACAUGGUUCGGGCAGAUGGGAGACCGUUGAACCCACAGGUGGAAAACCUCCUGCAACUGCUGGUCACUCCAUGGUAUUUCACAGUCCAUCAAGAACGUUGCUGGUGUAUGGUGGGCACAGACCCACCACUGCCAGGUUUAGUGUGAGGGUGAACAACACUGACAUAUUUCAUGUAGACAGACGCUUUUGGACUUCCUUGCGUUCCCGCUUUCCAACAACAGGUCCCAGAGAAAGAGCCUUCCACUCAGCCACAGUCAUUGGAAAUUACAUGGUCGUCUAUGGAGGAAAUGUGCAUAUUCACUACCAAGAGGAAAAGUGUUAUGAUGAGGAGAUCUUCUUUUAUCAUCUUGGCUGUCACCAGUGGGUCUCAGCAGGGGAGAGCUCAUUACAUGGUGGUGAGAGAGGUCGUUACUCACAUGUUGCUGCUGUAAUGGAUGGACGAGUGCUGCUUGUUGCUGGCGGUUACAGUGGUGUUGCCCGUGGAGACCUGGUGGCAUACAAAGUACCGUUGUUUGUCACUAGUGGUCAAGGUGACAGGGAUGCUGUAUGUGCUGAUGCUUUGGAUGAAAGUAUGUGCCUUAAAAACCCAGAAUGCAGUUGGUGUGAAGGUCGUUGUCGAGAAUACCAGCCAACAAAUCCAUGUGGGAGCACUGGUUGCCUGGGCUUGGCACGUUUCCUGUCUGACUGCCAGUCUUGUGUGGUGUUCAGUGGCACACCAGCUUCCUUGGCCCGAGCCCCUGGUGAAUUUGGCUGGUGUGUUCAGAAUGAGUCCUGCUUGCCUGUGUCAGAGCGAAGUGCGUGCCGCGUGGACCAGAUCUCAGGGGCGUACGGCUGGUGGGGGGAGCGUACCCUUUUCUUAACCUCCCUCCACUCCUGUCGCACCGAGAACUAUGUCCCGGGACUGCACCUGCUCACCUUCCAGCACCCUCGCAACGACUCCCAGCCUGACAAGGUGACUAUUCUCCGCAGUACCAACAUCAUCUUAAGCCCUACCACUGAGAUGGACGUAGCGUUACAGUUCAGGGGUUUUAUCCACCCUCUGUGGGGGGCCCCACCACCUGCUCCUCCUCCAACAGAGACUGUUUCCAUGUGGGCUCGCAUACAGAGAUUGCAUUUUGAGGCUAGAGUGGCGUCAGGACCAAACUCCAGCCAACUGGAGGUGGUGGGUCGUUGGGCAGCCCAGCAGGAAAGGGAGUCAAAGCUUCUGGCACGCUCAGAUGGAAGUAGACUCUUUUCCAAUCUAACCAGAGGAAACCAUUAUCUUGUUCAAGCUGAAGGAUAUCUUAACAACUCUGGUUCUGGACAAACCAGUGAGAUGGCUUUAAUCUGGAACAGAACAUUGCCUGGUGGGAGUGAGAUUUCCUUCCUUUUCCUAGAGCCUUAUCGCUCAGGAUCCUGCUCUGGCUACAUGUCCUGCCUGGCAUGUCUGUCUGACCAGUCUUGUGGCUGGUGCCCCUCCUUGUCUCGCUGUGUUCUGCGUGACAGUCUAGAUUUGGAACCUUGUCCUGAAGCAGAUGGCAGAGUUGGUCAGCGCCAUCUGCUGUUGGCACCACAGCACUGCACACUGUGUGAAGAGUACAGAGACUGCUCAGCUUGUACUCAGGAUCCUUUCUGUGAGUGGCAAAUAAACUCCAGUAAAAAGGGUGACUAUCAAUGCAGCCGUCGGGGAAGGCUAGACGGCUCCAUACGUGAUCCAAAGGGAUGCCCAAAAGUGUGCAACCAGAGAAAGACAUGUGGAGAGUGCUUGUCUAAUUCCAGUCAUUGUGCAUGGUGCGAGUCUGCCCAGGCCUGCUUCUACUUUGCUGCAUAUCUCACAAAAUACCCCUAUGGAGAAUGCAGGGACUGGUAUGACAGUGUUCAUUCAGUCCCCCAAUGUAAGCAGUGUUCAGCUCUGAGCACCUGCACGGACUGUUUGCGGACGUUCCAGUGUGGCUGGUGUGGUGAUUACAACAAUCCUACUAUUGGAAAAUGUCUGAGAGGAGACUGGGCUGGAAUGGAUGACCCUUCAGUGUAUAAUUGCAGUGUUGCUGUGGCUGAAGCUCGAGCUGCAAACCCUGAGCCCCAAACAUCAGCUCCUCCUCGACCUUUGGAAAUGGAGAUUGACCUUGAACACCUGGAAGAUGAAGAUCAGGAUGCCAUCUGGUCCUACCCCACCUGCCCCGAUGUAGAAGAAUGCAGACUGGGUCUACAUAACUGCCACCCCUUUGCUACCUGCAUUAACACCCCAACAUCAUAUGAGUGCCAUUGUGAAAGAGGAUUUACAGGAGAUGGUACAUUACAUUGCAAUCAGACCUGCUACAAUGAGUGUCGUGAGGGCCAAUGUAGUGGCAGCCCACGAUUUGAGUGUGAGUGUGCUCUUGGCUGGACAUCAGAUCCAGCUACUCUCGUUCUGAGUGGUGUCGAAUGUGAUGUUGACUGUGGGUGCAAUUUCCACUCCACAUGUAUUACUGCACCUGGGAUCUGUGAUGAAUGCCAAGACUGGACUACAGGGCCACACUGCGAGCAUUGUCGUCCGGGCAGUUUCGGCUCAGCUCUGGCUGGAGGAGGUGGCUGUGUACCUUGUGAGUGUAAUGGCCAUGGUGACCCACUGCGAGGCUACUGUCACAAUCAGACAGGCCAGUGCUACUGUACACACCAUACUCAGGGACCGCACUGUGAGACCUGUCUGCCUGGCUACUAUGGUGAUCCCAGAAACAACGGCACAUGCUACCGCCAGUGCCAAGGCCGUUCUGUGCUGCUCUCACCUACUUCCACAGCUCUCCCUUUGUCCUCUUCUUUGGGUUGGCGAAGUGGCACAGAAGGGAGAGGAGGUCUUUCACAUUGCUUGUGGGUUCUUUCUGUGACACCAAACUUAGUUCCCUGUCUACCUCGACAGCUCUGCCCCCCAGUAGCCCUCACUCUGCAUCCAGACUCUCAUACACAUUGCAAAAACUCCUAUGUUUACGUUUUUGAUGGCUUGCCUCGUUUUCUGUCCAAUGGUGUGGUUCACUCGGAUCACAAUUUGAUCGGGGCUUUUUGCGGUACUACCAGGACUGAGCCCAUAACUGUGGAGGCAACGUCUGGUGUAAUUUCAGUUUAUUAUGAAGCUAACGUCUCUUCAAACAAGCCGCAAGGGUUUAAUGCCUCCUUCUGGAUUCACCGGUGUGACUCAACCACUGAAGAUGAGGUACCAGUUUGCCCUGGUGGAGCACAGUGUAUUGCAGGAGUCUGCCAGUGCCCUCAAGGAUUUGGAGGCCCACGCUGUGACCGACCCAUAUGCCCACAUGACUGCGGAAUUGUAGAUGGCCGAGGAAUUUGUAAUACAACUUUAGGAGUCUGUAUGUGUUCACAUAGCUGGGCUGGCUCUGACUGCUCUUUUCCUCGAGACUCCAACAGUCUGCUUUGGGAAACACUACUAGACACGCAACUCACAGCGAACCAAGCUCAUAGGUUUCUUCAAAGAAUGGGACACUCUCUGCUGUCCGGACCACAAGGCAAUCUUUGGAUGUAUGGAGGGCUGUCACUCUCAGAAGGCAUACUGGGAAAUGUGUACAGAUACACUGUUGCUGAGCAUCGCUGGACUCAGAUGCUAACUAGCUCAGUUGAAGAGGGUGCAACUCCUAGCCCACGCUAUCAUCAUGCCUCUGCUCUACUGACCAGCUAUGACUUUGGAUCUGGAAGUCACAACUUCAUGCUGGUUGUCGGAGGGGUCACUCACAAUGGUGUUGCUAUGGAUACUUGGAGUUUAAAUCUCAGCAGCUUAGUCUGGCGAGAGCACAAGAGUUCAGUUCUACCCCCGGUGGCAGGUCACACCCUGACAGUCCGUAGAGACUCCUCUGUGCUGUUGAUAGGGGGCUACUCUCCAGAAAAUGGCUUCAACCAUCAUCUGCUGGAGUUCAGCCCGCAUUCUGGAAACUGGACUAUUGCUCCUCACACUGGCACACCACCUACGGGUUUAUAUGGCCACUCAGCAGUUUACCAUGAGCAAACUGAUGCAAUCUACGUUUUUGGAGGCUAUCGCUUUCAUGUGGAGACAGUAGAACCCUCAGGAGAACUUUAUAGUUUGUACUACCCCAACCUCACCUGGUCUUUGCUUGUUCCAUCACAGGGUAACAAGCCGCUGUCUCGUUUCUUCCAUGCUGCUGCGCUAAUUAAAGACACCAUGGUGAUUGUUGGAGGCAGGACACAAGCAGAGGACUACAGCAACUCAGUGUCUUUGUACCAAAUCAACUGUAACACUUGGAUACAACCAGUUUCUGUUGUUGGGGAUCCAGUAAAUCGCUCAGUGUCUCUUGCCAUGACCAGCUGGGGUGGUCGUCUUUUCUUGUCUGGGGGCUUUAAUGGUGUUAACCUCGGAAGACUACUUACCCUAACUGUUCCUGCGGAUCCUUGUGCCCUUCUGCCCACACAAGACGCUUGUAACAUCACUACUGGCAGUUGUAUCUGGUGCAGAGGAACCUGUGCCUCUUCAGAUAUUGCAGAGAGAAUGGGCUGUUUCACUGGCCAGUCUCCAUGUUCCCCAACACCACGUCAGGGAGAUCAGUGUCGAAGAUUGAAGACCUGUAGUGAAUGUCUUGCUAGGCAUCCCAAGACAUUUGCAAGUCCAUCUCAGCCUGCUCUACAGUGCAAAUGGUGUACAAAUUGUCCAGAGGGGGCAUGUAUCAGCAGUUCGGUGAGCUGUACAUCUGAGCAUGACUGUCGGAUCAACCAGAGAGAAAUCUUCCUUUCCAGCAACUGCACUGAGACCAGCUGUGAAGCCUCCGACUGCCCCAAGUGCACUGCCUCUGGAAAAUGCAUGUGGACACGCCAGUUCAAACGCACAGGUGAAACUAGAAGAAUUCUAAGUGUAAAUCCCACAUAUGAUUGGACAUGCUUUAGUUAUGCCCUGCUCAACGUCUCCCCCAUGCAAGUGGAAUCCUCACCCCCUUUGCCAUGUCCUCCACCCUGCCACACCCUCCAAAACUGUAGCCUCUGUCUCGGCUCGCGUGGUUCUGAUGGAGGCUGGCAGCACUGUGUAUGGAGCAUGGCUUUGCAGCAGUGCAUGAGUCCAUCUUUUGUGCCUCUGAGAUGCGAGGCAGGCCAGUGUGGUCGUCUACUCUCUGGCGGGGACUCCUGCUCUCCACAGUGCUCUCAGCUCACUCAGUGCUCACAGUGCAUUUCUAGACCUCAGUGUGGCUGGUGUGCAGCAAAGGGAGGGAAUGGGGCUGGUCGAUGCUUACAAGGUGGACUUGAGGGUGUCAGUGAGGGUGUGUGUCCUCAGAGAAACAGCAGCUGGUCUUUUCUGCGCUGUCCGAAAGAGGAUGAAUGUGCUAAUGGGCAUCACCACUGUAACAGCACCCAAGACUGCCAUGACCUGCCAGAGAGAUAUCACUGCACGUGCAAACAGGGUUACAUACUGAGCAGUGUUUCAGGCCAGUGUGAGCCCGUUUGUGCCCAAGGCUGUGUUAAUGGCACAUGUGUCUCUCCUGGAAUUUGUCAGUGUCACUUUGGCUUUGUGGGAGAUAACUGCUCUUCCCAGUGCAGCUGCAACAAACAUAGCAACUGUGCAGGCGUGAACAAGCCAGAUGUUUGCCUUGAGUGUCACAACAACACAAUUGGUAAACACUGUGAAAAGUGCAAGCCAUUGUUUGUGGGCUCUGCCAAAGGAGGAGGAACUUGUCGUCCUUGUCGAGAAUUUUGCAGAGGAAAUAGUGCAAUAUGUCUGUCACAUGAUGAACUUAAGAAAGCACAGGAAAAUCCCAGGCUGUUUCCUCUGGAUCCAAGCAGUAUUCAGAAAUGGAUCUCAGAGGGCCCAACAGAAGAAAAUGCAGUGUGUGUAAACUGUCAAAACAACAGUGUUGGGGACCAGUGUGAGAGCUGCCUCAGUGGAUACUUUCUGUUGCAGGGAAAGUGUGAAAAGUGUCAAUGUAAUGGACAUGCAGACACAUGUAAUGAGCAUGAUGGCACUGGUUGUCCUUGCCAAAACAACACUGAGACAUCAUCUUGUCUCAGUAGCUCACAGAGUGAUCGCAAAGAUUGUUACAGGCAACAGUGUGCCAAAUGCAAAGACUCCUUCAAUGGCACCCCUGUAAAUGGCCGACAAUGUUACCGUCAGUUCAACGUUGACACAGAGUGCUGCUUUGACCCAACAUCACAGACAAAUUGCUUCCAUGAUCCUAGCAUCCGCAAUCUGCCGAUGGGACGCACUGUGUUCUUUGCUGCACAACCAAAAUUCACUAAUGUAGAUAUUCGGGUCACAAUUGAUGUAACAUUUGGUGAAGUGGAAGUGUAUGUGUCCAAUUCCCAUGAUACCUUUAUUGUGGAUGUGGAUCGCAACACAGGUAUUCAUGCCAUCAGCAUCGACAGAGGAGAGGAUUCUGCAACUCGUUUAACAACUACUGGGAUUGACAAGGAUUCUCCUCCAUCUCCUAUUAAAGUAUAUGCAAAUGCAUCCUCCAGCCUCGGAGGUCCUGUGCUUUCUCACAACCCCUUGCAGCUGCAGGCUAAACCUCCAGGAGAUAGAGAAAUUCGGGAAGAAAGAGCAGAAGGACUUAUCAGCUACAUUACUGUCUGGAAACCUCAGACUGUGUUAAUUGUCCGUGGUGUUCGGGAUCGAGUGGUCAUAACGUUUCCCCAUGAAGUGCAUUCUCUCAAAUCCAGUCGUUUCUACAUUGCUCUUAAAGGGGUUGGAACUAAGGAUCGCUAUGGAGAGUCACAGGGACUUCUGUUUUUGAGACAGGACCAAGCUCAUAUAGACCUUUUUGUCUUUUUCUCUGUUUUCUUUUCCUGCUUUUUCCUUUUCCUGUCAGUUUGUGUACUCUUGUGGAAAGUCAAGCAGUUUCUGGAUUUCCGCCGGGAGCAGCGACGCCAUAUCCAAGAAAUGACAAAGAUGGCAUCAAGGCCUUUUGCUAAGCUGACUAUAUACCUGGAGCCAGAAGAGCCCCAACUUGUAUACUUGCCUUCAGCAGGUGGAGGUGUGGGGGGCACUACUGUUUCUCUCACUCAUGCUCGCACAAGCAAAUUAGGGGGUGUUGUGCUGGGACAGAGAGGUCGUGCAGGAGCAGUCACCUAUAAACAUGAACCUGGCUCUGGACCCACGGGCCAUCAUCACCAUCACCUGGCCUUAGGUGGAAGUGGAAACAGUGGACAGCACUUACCACUGCAUUACUUGAACACCCACCACUACGCUAGUACCACAUCUGGCACCCCAGCGUCUCACCACCACCAUCCGUCCACAUACAGCGGUUAUCAGCACUUCUGCCGCUCAGACCCCUUCCUGUCUCAGCUCAUGGGCUUUUCGUACUCCUCCUUUAAAGUGGGGCCUAUCACACUGGAGCCCACAGAUGAUGGCAUGGCUGGCGUGGCCACUGUACUCUUUCAGCUGCCUGGGGGUCUCUUGGCUCCAAAUCGUGCCUGUUUGGGGUCAGCACUCGUUACCCUGCGCCAAAACCUGCAAGAAUAUUGUGGCCAUGGCAACAAUGGGGGACAUCCAGGGGCAGGAGCAGGACGCAAGGGUCUACUUGGGCAUCAGCACCUAACCACAAUGGCCAUGUAAGCUAUAUGAAAAUGAAGUGUUUAUAGAUAUUAAAUACACCUCUGAAGGAAACAUGGCCAAAGGUCAAAGCUAGGUCAGAGUCUGUUGUAAGCAUUAUGAACAAAGUUGUACACACUGUAAUGAGUGUCUUUUUGUUGUUGUUUUGUUUUGCUUAACUGCAUUUGAGAGCUUCACUCGACCAAAUCAGUUGUCUCUACAAUGCACUUCAGCUACUAAGUUAAUCUACAAACAAGUUGCAUCCUAUCUUUAAUAACGUGCAAGAGGGCGUGCCUGAUAGUCAGCCUCACAAAAAGGCUGAGACUGGGCUAUUGUUUGAUGUGAGUGGCAUUGCUUGCAUAAAAAACCAACAUGUGCUUUAUAUCCAAGAAAGUGACAAUCAGAAGUACCAUUUAAAACAAGUGACUUGUUAAGAAAAAUGGUCAGGCUUUUGAUUGUCAUUGCAAGAGAAAUGCUGGUCAAGAGGUUUAGAAUUAACUGUAUGACCAGGAUCUGACAUGUAGUUGAACAAACUUAAAUCUCUACAUAUUACUGUAACUUUAUUUAUUUGUUGUCUUUUUUUGCUACUCUGCAAUCACUUCUUGCCUUGUCAGUGAGUCAGCUGGCUGCAGUUAUUUGCAAAGUGUGUAAAAAUGAAGAAAUAAUGUGACAUUUUCCAGUAUGUGAUCACAUUGUUGCUGGUAUGUUGCUAGUUUAUCUGAGCUGCUUUCUGCUGGCACCCUGCUUGUAGAUGACUGCAUACGUCAACCAUAGCCACUAAUUAUGCCUAGCUAGGAAAGGUAUUACAAAAACACAGAAUGGAUGUUCAUAGUCUGUGUAAUUACACUGUUAAUACAUUUGAGUUUUUGUUCUCCUGGUGAGAAAUAUUAAACUUGACAGCAAUUAAUUUGCUUUAAUAGAUAGACUGAACUUGCUCACUGUUUUGUUACUGUUACAUUUUCUUUUUUGUUUUCUACUUUUGCACUGCAUGGAGGCAGACAGCCCCCAGUUUCAUAUGAAACACUAUGAGGGGAUGUUGGUCGUUCACCUUAACAGUGAGUGGUGCUAUUGGAUUGUCAAAAGUAUUCCCAAAAUUAUAGUAACAUCAUAAGUCACCCACUCAGCCCUCAAAAAAUAAGCAUUACUUUUGUUGUGAAUGUUCUGUUAAAUAGGCCUACCAUAUUUUGUACAUACAUUUGUGCUUUGAAAUAAGGGAGUGUUGUAAAAAUGUGCAUAGUACAGACUCUUUUUAGGGUCAAAUAAAAUCUAUAUGAAACAAUAA